AAGGGAGCACGCGGCGCGAUGGUGGUGGCGGAGCUGGCGGGGCGCGCGCGACCGCUCGUCAGCCGGGCGGGGCCGCGCGUCAUGGUGGCUGGCCUGGGCAACUAUGGGCUGCGGGGGACGCGGCACAGCGUGGGCAUGGCGGUGGUGGACUGGCUGGCCCGGCAGCUGGCGGUGGCCGAGGGUUGGCAGGUGGACAGGCGGUGCUGCGCUGACGUGGCUCUGGCCACGAGCCGUGGCCUGGAGCUGGUGCUGCUCAAGCCACGGAGGCUCAUGAACCUCAACGGGCUCAGUGUCACCAGUGCUGCUGAGAUCUACAACCUCCGCCCAGAAGACAUAUACCUGGUUCACGAUGACCUGGACAAGGCCCUGGGCAAGGUGGCGAUCAAGCUGGGAGGCAGUGCAAGGGGACACAACGGGGUCCGAUCCUGCAUCAGUGCUUUGCGCUCCAAUGAGAUGACCCGGCUCAGGGUCGGCAUCGGGCGGCCAGAGGGCGAAGUGACAGUGUCCAGCUAUGUCCUGGCUCCGUUCAGCGCUGGGGAGCAGGAGAGGCUGGAGCAGGUCCUGCCCCAGGCAGCGACAUCCCUGCUGGAGCACAUCCUGCGCAGGAGAGCGCCGACGGGGGAGCCAGGGGACAGGGGCUGACGCAAACACCCAGGGACCUGCCUGGCCGAUGGACAGGGCACUGCGGACUCUCCAGGGUGACCAUAGUGUGGAGCAGAGCUGGCCCUGCCAGGCAGCCUGGCUGGGCACUGGGGCAGCCCCCGUCUGUCCCCACACAGAUCUGGGCAGCUCGUGUCCCACUCAAACCCCUGCAGAGGCUUCACACAGCAGUUUGGCACAGAAAUGAAAUAAACCCUCGCCCCUG